UCCACCUGCGUUUUCAUCUGAGGUUUUCAUUCGGUCCAAUUGACAAUCAUUCAACCGACGAAUAACUUGAGUUUUGUUGUGAAGGUGUGGCAUUAUUUGUGUGAAAAAUGCUGUUUAAUAAUAGAAGAAUUUUAACGCUAAUAUUAUUUAUGAUAAGCUCCGCUUAUGCUCAGCGGACGCCCACAAUAUCUCACAUUACCCAGGAACAGAUCCGAGAUAUCGGCAGUCAAGUGGACUUGGACUGUUCAGUACACUAUGCUCAAGAUUUCCCCGUUGUAUGGGUAAAAUAUGACCGUGUGAAGACAAUCGAUUCCAUGCCAAUCUCCAGCAAUGCCAACCUGAUCAUCAAGGACUCGAGGUUCUCUUUGAGAUACGAUGACGCCACAGCCACUUACACGCUAUCGAUCAAAGACAUCCAAGAGAACGACGCGGGCUGGUACCAGUGCCAGGUGUUGCUGUCAAUCAGCAACAAGAUCACGGCGGAGGUGGAGCUGCAGGUGCGCCGCCCGCCGAUCAUCUCCGACAACUCCACUCGGUCCGUGGUCGCUAGCGAAAUGGAGAGUGUUCAAAUGGAAUGCUACGCCGGUGGUUUCCCGCCGCCGAAGAUCUCGUGGCGUCGUGAGAACAACGCUAUAUUGCCUACCGGGGGUUCGAUUUACAGGGGCAACAUUCUGAAGAUCGCGGCGGUGCACAAGGGCGACCGCGGCACGUACUACUGCGUGGCCGAGAACGGCGUCGGCAAGGGAGCGCGCAGGAACAUCAACCUCGAGGUGGAGUUCGCGCCCGUCAUCACCGUGCCGCGCCCCAGACUGUCGCAGGCUCUGCAAUACGACAUGGAUCUAGAGUGUCACGUGGAGGCGUACCCUCCGCCGGCGAUCACGUGGCUCAAAGACGAACUGCAACUCUCCAACAACCAACAUUACAGGAUCUCACAUUUCGCGACGGCCGACGAGUUCACGGACACGACCCUGCGCGUGAUCACGAUAGAGAAGCGUCAGUUCGGCAUGUUCACUUGCACCGCUCAGAACAAGCUCGGCUCGGCGGAGGGACACGUCGAGUUGACAGAGUCGAUUAUACCAGUGUGCCCGCCGGCCUGCGGUCAAGUGAGGUAUGGAGGAGCGGCGGCCAUCUCGCCCAGCGAAAUGACAAUUGCGGUGUUAUUGGGAGCGUACAUCGUCAACGUGUUUAGGAGAAUCGUCAAUUCCCGAUAUUAAUUACCCGGGCUUAAGGCCCGAUCCCCUGGUGUAUGGAGGCGCGAAGAAUUUAAAACCUAUGCAUAUCAUCGUAUUUUAUGCAAUUCUGAUCUUUAUAUAUCUGUAAAUUUGGGUUUUAUUUCUAUGCCAAUGAAUUUAUUUGUCAAAAUGCAUUUUAAAGUCUGUUAAGUUCAAUUAAAAUUAAUUCAUUAUGCUUUUAAAAAGAAUUGUAAUAUUUUUUGUUUAAUUUCGUCGUGAAUUUCUACAAUUUUAUUCUUUGAUUAUUUGUUUAUCAAAAAUAUUUAAAAAAUGUUUUUUUCAUGAUUUGUAGAAACAAAUAUAUUUUUCAUGAUGAAAUAUUCUUAUUUCAUCAUGAAAAAUAUAUUUUUUUUUUAUGAUUUCUUAAAACAUCAGCUGUAUUUAACAAAUAACAGCAAAUAUUUUAAAACAGGCAGCUUAUUGUCCUCAUAAUAUAUUUGUGGGUAUCAAUAAUUGGAAUUGGACCUCAGGCCAUUAUACUCGUCAAAAUCGGCCUACAAGUCUGUUAUUUGUGGACAUAACAGUUUUAUGAACUAGAUUCUAAUAAAAAACACAGUCUAAGUAUCGAUCAGGUAUAUUAAGGUAAAAAUUAAACUAAAUGGAAAGUAAAAUGAAAAAGCAACUAUGACCCUUGAGAUAUUUUUUUUUUUCAUUGAUACAUGGUUUGUAGAUGCCAUUGGGAACAGUGUCUUUGCUAAGAUAAAAAAAUAUUGACAGAUUAUAUAUAUUACCCGCAAAAGAAAGAAACUACAACAAAAAAGUAAAAAAAAAUCUUCGGCUGUGUUUUUUUUAGUUAAAAUGAAAAAAUCGGUUGUAAUCAAAGAACUGAAAUGUUAACAUCAUAAAAAAAUGUACAAAUUUUUACAAAAAAAAAAAGUUUUGUAGAGUGAAAUUUAAAAAAAUGUAGUACUUUUAAGAAUCGUAAAUAGCGUUUUGUACCUGCCCUAUAUGAGAAUAGAUGUUUAGAGCCAGCACGGAUAGAGGGCGUGGCAAAUAAUUCGACAUCAAUCGAAAUCCAACCUUAUGUCUUUUCUAUAUGGUUAAUAAUUUAUAUAGCUGAGUAUAAGCAUUGUAACCAUCGUAUCGCGUAGCUGAAGUUAUACAAUCCCGUAUGUGUAGGUAUUAGUCGUAUGACAGUGACUAUAAGGUCGAUUUUCAAUUGACAUCGCUAAAUACCUUCUCAGCCAUACCGUCCGUCUGCGCUGGCCCUUAGAACUAAUUUAGACAGAUUUUAUUAUACAAUGGCAGAUUUGAACGUAGAUUUUUCGAGUAAUUUUUGUAUUUUUAUAAAUUAUUGUCACACUAGUUGAUUGCUAUGCGAUAGACCAAGCUACGUCGAGCGAUGCUCUUUGAGAUAAAAAAAAUGGAAGGUAAUGUGUAUUGGCAGCAAUUUUAAUCAAAGAAAGAUCAAAUUGUGCAAUUCUAAAGUACAGGACUGCCAUAGUAGCCUACGUAUGUGUGUCGCCGGGAUCAGCUUGUGUAUCCGGUUCCAACAAGCCGGCAUAAUUAUGGCGACUGUCGAGGGGUAAUCAUUUCUCGUCAGUCGUCAUUCUAUUGGACUUACUUACAAGCAAGUAUAUGGGUCACUUUGUUGUGCACAUACAAAAAUAUAUAUAAUAUACAUGGUAUAAUUUGCUUUAAACGUAGCAUGAACUAGUGUGACAUUCACCUAAUAUAGUGUUCCCGUUUUUACCAUCGCAAUAAAUAUUAUAGCUUUAUUAACUUUGUAACUGUUUAAAAUUGUUAUAUUUAUA